CGUCCGAGCUCCGCGAAUAGGCGAGAAAACAAGUUGGGCGGUUGCAGAAGCGGAUCUGUGCGUAUUUCCUGCCGCGCUUCUCGCAGAGACGAGACUCGGCGGCUUCCUGUAGCGCGGCGGCGCCCACGAGCGUUGGAGGUGCACCAUGAGCCGAGCGUCCAAAACCAAGACGGAGAACGUUCGGAGCUCCCUGCUGAGCGACCGGGAGAGCGAAGUCCUCGAAAAGCUGCUCGGCAGAAGGUGCCCUUCGAUGGCUACGGCAGUUGCGCAGUUGCUGGUGGCGCUGCCUCACCAGCCUUCCACGUGGAGCCUGCAGCACACCGGAGUGGUCUGCCUCAUUAAAGACAACCCCCAGCGAUCGUACUUCUUUCGCAUGUACGAUGUCAAGGCCGGGAGGCAGCUGUGGGAGCAAGAACUCUACAACCAAAUCGUUUACUCCGCAUCGCCGCAGUUUUCCUUUCACACCUUUGCCGCCGACGACUGCCAGGUUGGGCUGAACUUUGCUCAGCGGGAGGAAGCGGAAGCCUUCAGAGAUGCUGUGGUGGGGAAAAUCAACCAAAGGAGCAACCGGUCAGAAAGGAGGACCCUUCCUCCGGUCCCACAAGAAAAAACAUCCGGUAGCCGAGCCUCCUUCCGCAAAAGGUCCGCGGACGUCCCGGGCCCCGACGUCUCCCCGCGUCACCGCUUGAUGCCGUCGACUUCCUCGCUGCGGGUCGGCAAAGGCAAGAAUGAAAAGAAAAACAAGAAAAAGGGCCUGUCCAAAGCGGACAUCGGCGCCCCCAGCGGAUUUAAGCACGUCAGUCACGUCGGCUUCGACCCCAACAACCUGGACCCGGACCUGUGGAACCUUCUCUCCCAGGCCGGAAUCGGAGAGGACGAGAUGAGGGACGAGCAGACCUCCCAGAUGGUCUACAACAUCAUCGAGCGCUCCGGGGGGAUGGAGGCGGUCAAAAGGGAGGUGAAAAGAGGAGCUGCCGGGCCCCCGCCGCCUCCGCCGAGCAGACAGGGGCCUCUGCCUCCCACGCCGGGGCCGGCCAACCCGUUCCCGACGCCUCCGCCUACUCGAGGGCGUUCCGGCCCCCUGCCUCCCAUUCCGGCGCAUUCCCAGCGUGGGGCGCGAGGAGCCGUCCCUCCGCCGCCGCCCCCGUCCGACCGAGGCGGCCUACCGUCUCACGUCCCCCCGGCGCCGCCGCCGUCCUCCUCCAAAUCCUGCCACGUUUCGUCUUCGGGCUCCUCUCGCAACGCGCUUCCUCCGCCGCCGCCUCCGCAGCAUCAACGCGCCGCCGGUUUCCCGGCUGCGACCGCCCCGUGCCCGCCCGUCAGAGGGUUUUGCGGAGAUCCGGCGCCGCCUCCCCCUCCGCCGCUCCAGAUCUCAUCAGACCCCCCUGCUCCUACUCCUGCCUCUUUUAGCAGCCCACCACCUCCCAGAGGUUCCUCUCCGACCCGAGUAGACGGCAGAGGCGCCCUCCUGGAUCAGAUACGACGGGGGAAGAAGCUCAGAAAUGUGUCCGAGUGCCAGGACCAAACCGCGGGCCCGCCGGCGGAGUCGGGCGAGGGCAUCGUCGGCGCGCUCAUGAUGGUCAUGCAGAAGCGGAGUAAAGUCAUUCAUUCGUCAGAUGAAAGCGAAGACGACGGCGGCGAUGAUGAAGACGACGACGACGAAUGGGAUGACUGACGCUCGUUCCGCAUUCCUUCGAGGCAGACGCGACACUUUUUUGUCACGUCGCGAGUUUUUUCGACAAUAAAAAUCCCGUCAAGAAAUAAAAA